UCCGACGGCAGCCUUCGCGUCCAUCCCUCGACCCCUUCCGAAUUAAUGCAGAUAACUCUGGGAGGGAGCCAUGCCGACAGGAUCUUUAUAUCUGCUCUUAUACGGCCAUUUUUGAGGGUCUUGACGGCCGAACAUCGAAAGGAGCUUCCGGGGGCCUAACUUGCCAGUGCUAUGUUGCUGGUCACUUGAACACAACUUCAAGAUUUUUUAUAGAGAGAAGGGGACGAGUACAUUAUAUGUCUUGAUUUUUCGUUUCUUCUCAACCCAUAUAUCCCCCAAUUGAUCAACAAAUGUUUCUCCUUAGUCAAACACGUCACUUUUCUCUAAUCCCACCUCUAACAUCGCUCGUUACAGCCAUCCUCCAAACCUUUUGGCAGUCGCGCUUGCGGCUUCCUGUUGAAAAGCUCACUGAGACGACAGCAUGCACAGAAGAAGUUGUUUAUCUAUUCGAGGCGCUCAUAGCUGCAGCCAUCUUCACCUCAUCUCUCUGUCUCCACACCUGCGUCGCAUACGCUUGUUGCUGCGCACCCACACUUACUGGAAGCAUCGGUAACCGCUCAAAGCCCCUUCUACGACUCACCAAACGGCUACUUCAGCAUCGGCGUGCAUAUCCGAGUCGCGUCACCAUCACAGGCCAUGUCUCAUCACAAUCAAGCGCAUCACUCACUCGCCGACGACAGCCUCGGCACAUCAUCGACGACUCAGCGCAUCAUUACCACGCGACGGCACGGGCACACCACCGACCCGCUGUGCACCAACCUCCGUCUCGAGUGUUGACUUGACCCUCGCUUUGGCACCUGCCUCCUUAGUCGCAGUCGGUGCUGAGGAGUUGGGUGUGUUGAUGUUUGGAAACUGGGUGAUUUCAUAUCUCGAUCGCUGCCAUUAUCGCAUCAGUUCUCCAGUCUUUCCAGUGCCUUCCUUGUUGCAGGGAACGACGUUGUCGUAAACCUAAAUA